AUGUCGGGCAAGCGCAAGGAUAUGUGGAAACUGUUGUACAAUUUGGUGAAUCGCAAUAAAGCAAAUCUAUCGGCUGUGUACCAUGUGGUCGAUGAUAUACUCUGCCAGGAUCCGAGCCUCAUCAGCAGUUGCUCCUCCGUGGAGGAGUUGAAAUAUAAAUUCCAGGACAUAUUUUUGCUGUGGCUAUUAAAUAAACUCACCGUGUGCCUGAGUGAGUGUGCGGAUGAAGGGCAGUGUCUAAAGAAUGUGGAGCUGCAACAGAAACUGCUGACAUCCUGUUGGUGCAAUCAUCCCAAGCUGUAUGAGCGCCUUGUGGAGUCCUACGUGGAUGCACUGCAGCAGCUUAAUGAUCACAUGACCGCCUUCGAUUACACCAGUCCCAGCAAGAACUUAAAGGAAGUACGAGUCUUGUAUUUGCGUAUAUUCCAGUGCGAUGUCAGUGUGCUGCAGGAAUUCGAUGAACACUGCACGUUUGAGGUCAUCCAGCUGCAACUGGAGCACACGGAUGCGUUUGCCAAGUAUUUGCUGUUGGUGCUGCAACAUGGACAUCACAUUGGACGUGCCACACACACCGCACUGUUUGCCGGCAGCUUGCAACAGGCGCUGCUGACGCUCAAGGAGUGCAACAUGGACACGAAGCUGGCAAGUCUGGGCUAUUGCCAUGCUGUGCUCCAAGACCAGUCCCUGGACAGCUGGCUAACCAACCCAGAUGUGCCACAUUAUGCUUCAGUUACGUUGCGUGCCGCGGUCAUGUUGUGGUCCUUGUCCAGUCGCUUUUUGCAGGCCAAAUGCAUGACGCAUCUGCAAUUGGAGCAGCUGGCUAGGCAUACAGAGAACUUGCUGUUGGUGUUGCAGACACAUCAAUUGCCUGAUCCGGAGAGUCUUGAGCUCUGCUGUCAAUUGUUGCAGGAGCUGCUGCGUCUAACCGACAAUGAUUGGCGCAAUAAUUUGAUGCAAACACUGUGUAACUAUGUGGCGUAUAAAUUGGGGCAAUCGAGAAGCACCUGCGAGUUGCCGCCACACAUAACCCAGCUGCUGAUUUGCCAGUGGCAGCGACAGCCUCGACAAUUGCUCCCGCUGCUUGCCCAAGUCGCUGUCAAGCAGGAGAAUAUAAGAGCUGCCAUCCUGACCAGCUGUACUGGCAUUCUCAUUCAAUUGCUCAGCAAUCUCAAUGGUGGAAAGCUGCACUUGUUGCUGCUGCUGCUGCGUGCCCUUAAGCAGAUGGAGCAACAGUUGCUGCUGGAUAAACAACAGCAGCUAAUCUCGGCCAGCGAUGAGGCUCUCACUGCGGAGCUAUUGUUGCAGCUGCCACAGCACUAUGAGCUGCCGCUAAGCAACGAUGCCAGCAGCAAUUGGAAUCAGUUGAGUUUGCAGCUGUUGGAGCAACCUCAGUGCAUGGAAAUCACGGAAAUCUGCGCGUUGUUGUUGCAAUUGAACUGCAUACGCCUGCAGCUGAGACCGCACACACAGCAGCAGCUGUUGGGACAGACACUGCUGCAACAGACACAACGUGAUCCCGUCCGGGCAAUAACUGCCUUGGCCAUGCUCCGACUGGAGACGCCUUCUAGCGCCCACACCCAACUCCAGAAUUACUUCAGUCAACAACACUUGACGCUGCUCAAUUCGGAUAACUUGGAGUUGACUCAACUCUUCUGCGAGUACUUGCCUCAGUUGUAUGUGGCAGGUUACAUCAAACCCGCACAGUUGCAAGAAUCUUUAAGCAGACUUAAACCCAGAGCAGAUGGACACACUUUGGCUGCCGUUUUGCGGCUGUUGCUUUGCACACAGCAGUCGGGAUCGGCGCAUGUCUUCAGGAUUAAGGAUCACAUCGUGUUGCAUUGUCCCAAAUGCGAGCCAUUGCCUGCCACACUGCCCGGCCUGUAUCUGGGCUGUUGCAAGGCCAGCAAGCCCAGCAUAAGCCUCUCCAGCUGCCCAGAACUCUUUGAUGCAAUGUUGUUUAAACCGGAAUGUGGCUUCCUAACACAUCACUUGGAUUUGCUUCAACCGGACGCGUCACACUGCCUGCGACUCCUCAAGGAGUCCCCCAAUCUGCAGUCACUCAACGAGCGUAGCUUCGAGAGACUUGUGCCUUUUCUCGCAUCACAAUCCUCUGAUUUUAUGCAUCAAUUAGCAUCCCAUGUGCUGGAGUGUAUAGUGAGGAUGCUCUCCAAACCGUUGCAGGCACAGAGCGAGGCUGAUCAGCGUCAACUGUUGCGCUUGAUUGUCUGCUCCGCUCAUGCCGAGAUCGAUGAGCUCUGGCUCUUUCAUUGGUUCAAGAUGAGCUUCUAUUUCCUGGUGCACACACGUUCUCUGGUUGCCCAGGAGGCGGUGCUUGCCGCUUGUCAAAUGUGUGCUCGCCAUGGACUGCAGACGCUCACACUCUGGAACUGGUACAAACGAGAUGCACUGAGUCUGGUUGUCCAACUGGCGCUUCAUGCCUAUUUAAAUGAAGGAGUGCGUUUUACGCGUUCUCUUCGAGCGCUUUCCAGGAUGUUGGGCUUCUCUUGCGUGCAGGAGUUCACCUGCAAGUAUCAUCGCCUGCUGACCACCUUGGUGUUGCCUUAUUGCAUUCGAGAGCCGCGUUGCAAGGGCGUCUUUGUGUUAAUUGCCAAGCAGCUGCAUAAACCGAUUGCUUCACUCUUUUCCAUCUCCUUUCUGCGUCUUUACACCCACGUCUAUCUCACCGAGCAGCCGGAGCUGGCGAAUUGCUGCAUUGAGCUCGUCGUAAGCUGCACCAAAUCCACUUUACAGCAGCUCAUGAAUGCCGAUGUUAAGCAAACUGUUGCCGAGCUGCUCAUCUUUUUCAAUCGCAAUCCCACCUUUGUCAUGCGCUCCUUUCAAAGUUUGCUUCAGCUAAGUAUUGGAGCCGAGGAAUUAUCCAGUCAAGCAGCCAAUUUACAGUUCUCCACAUUUAUUGCUGAACGCAUCCUCGGUGUCAUCACGUACUUUGAGAGCUGUCUGUCGGAGCCAUCGUUUGAGAAGCCCCUCAAGGAGGAAACUCUGUAUAGUCUGGGACAAAUACUUCGCUUUGUGGGAGCACAACAUGUUACACAAUUCCGUUUCAAGAUCAUUGCCAUGCUUAGUUUUGUGCACACGCUAAAGGAGCCGAAUUUGCAGCGUAUUUGCCUGAAGAUCUGGCACAUCUUUCUUCAUGUCGUUAAUAUUCAGGAAUUGGGUCCUUCACUGGGUCGCAUUGUGGCCACUCUCCAGCCACUGCUGGCUUACAGCGUGGACCAUGUCAAUGAACUUUACGAAUUCGUCAUUCUUCGCAAUGCUUCCAUGCUGGGAAAUUACAUACAAGAUCUUUACUUUCUGGAGCGUCUGGAGAAUGUAUCUUCCCCGAUCCGUGAGUGCAUCAAGCGCCACACGUCUCAGCUGUGCCUGGCUGGUCCUCCAGCUGGCGAGGAGGAGGCAUCUCUACUGGAUCAGCUGCGUUUCCUGCAUAAACAGAUCACAAAUGAAUGUCUGCAGGUGCGGGUCUAUGGAUUGGAGCACCUGGCCGAACUCUUUGGCCGUCGACGGCAUCAAAUGAAUCAAAUGCUCUUGCAUGAGUUGCCCAUGGAGCCGCUGAUGGAGCAGAUUGUGAAUGUGCUGAUGUCUGGAUGUCAGCACGACGAUCGUUCCCUGCAAUUGGCGUCGGCCAAGUGUCUUGGCCAGCUUGGAGCGAUCGAUGCGAGUUAUUUGCCUUCGAAUUACAACUUUGCGGGUCCCCAACAGAUGCCACUAAGUGUCCUGACGGAUGACUUUACGGUGCUUGCUCUGACCGCACUCUGUAGUGGCUAUCAGUUCCAGCAGAAGACCAAGCACGUCGAUAGCUUCUCUUUGGCCAUACAGGAAACCCUUGCGGUCUGUGGCAUUGCACCCAAGGAGCAAAAGAAGCUGCAACUGUGGCAAUCUCUGCCGUUGAGGAUGCGUGAGAUAAUGGAACCAUUUCUCAACUCCUGCUAUAUUUGCUCCCAGCGUCCGAGCACGUUGAAGCAGCAGCCACUUUUUGGCAGCCAUUACACGCAGAAUUCCUAUGAGAUGUGGGCAUAUCUCUGGGCAGCCCGACUCGUGGAUUACGUACAAUCCACGGAGACAAGGCAUCUUUUGAGCUCCUAUAAGCCCUGCAUCCGACGGGAUUCCAAUAUGCUGAGCACAUUUUAUCCAUAUAUUUUACUGCAUGCUCUGCUCGAGUGCAAUUCCGAGCAAAGGGAGCACAUUGAGCAAGAGUUCCAGGCGGUGCUCCAGGCCAACGAUGAGCUCUCACAGCGUCCGGCAAAGACAGCGCUCACACCAGGUGAACCGCUGCUCACCGAGGUGGGCUACAAGCUGUUCGAGUCCAGGAAGUAUGGUGCCUCUACCAAGUCAGCAAAUGAUGUGCCGGAGACGGCAACCACAGCGGAGGAUCAGUCUCGUCUCGCUGGCAAACUGUGUGCGGAACUUUUGGACUUCCUGCAGCGUUGGCUACGCGAGUGGCAGCGUCUCCACGGGAUGAGCACAGGCGGAAAGCCGCCACAGGCUGUGGAUGCCAGUUAUGCGGCCAUCCAUGACUUCCUGCAGCGCAUGGACAAGUUGAGGGUGGCAAGAGCCAGCUACAAUUGUGGGGAAUACGAGCGUGCUUUGAGAUAUCUGGAGGCGUACAUCGAGGAGGGUGACAAGGCGUCCCGUUUGCUGGAACAGUUUACGUUUCUCGUCGAGCUCUAUGGCAGAUUAAUGGAUGCGGAUUCGGUAGAGGGAGCUGUGCAGACGCGCAGCUAUGAUAUGAGUGUGACGCAAGAGAUUCUGGUGAAUCGUUUGGUGGAACGGCAGCAGGAUAUGAUAACGUGCUAUGAACAGCUCUUGACCAGCACGGAGCAACUGCAGCCGGAGCAUAUACGUGCCAUGAUUGAUGCCUAUCUAAGAAUGGAUACGCCCAAGACGGCGCUCCUCAUUGCCGACGGAUUGUCGCAACGUCUGUCGGAUCAAUAUACGGAUCAGCAUUUCAGCGAGUGCAAAGCGGAGUUGCUCUGGCGCCUCGGCAGCUAUGACGAACUGGAGCAACUGCAGCAGGAGCAGCAGCAGAAGCAUCGCUGCAAACCCAACUGGCAUGCCCAAUGUGCCCAGGCGUGUCUGGCACUCCGACAACCUGCCACUACCAAGUUGGAAUUUGAUUCACUGCUGGAUAACAUGCGUGGUUCGGUGCUGGAGCAGCUGAGGAGCUGCUCCGCCAUGCAGCAACAUUCCUAUGCCCAUGCCUAUGAUGAUGUGCUGAAGCUGCACAUGCUCCACGAGCUGCAGUGCAGCCAACAGCUGAUGGAGCAGCUCGAACUGCAGCAGCCGGAUGAGAAACAUGAAUCGCAGCUGAUGCGAGAUUAUUUCUCAGAUUGGCAAUCGCGUCUUCAGGUGGUGCAACCACAAUUGCGUGUCCUCGAGCCCAUCUACAGUUUCCGUCGCAAUUUGCUCGCCGAGCUGAAGCGUCGCCUGGGCGAUCGUCCGUCGCUCCAAGCCCAAGUGGAGACGCAGCUGGCGCAGCUCUGGCUGCACAGCGCCCAGAUCAAUCGCAAUGCGGGACAAUUGCAGCGGGCGCAUCUGUAUCUGAUGAAGGCAUCGGAGUACAAGCCAAGUGGCCUCUUUGUGGAGCGUGCCAAGCUGCUAUGGCAGAAAGGGGAUCAAGUGCUGGCCAUGAACUACCUAGAGGAGCAAUUGACUGCCAUUAAAGUGCAGUGCGAUGGGAAUACAAAACAGCUGGCGACGGAGCAACGUCAACUGUAUUUUGAGGGAAAGUAUUUGCAGGCCACAUACAAUGCAGAUUCGAUGAAUCUCUGUGCGGAUGCCAUCCUCAAGUACUUCCAGGAGGCAAUCGCUGUGCAGCGUCAUUCAGAGCGUUGCUAUGUGCAGUUGGCCCAGUUUCUGGAGAAGAUGCGUGAGGCACGCGCGGUCGCUGUCAACGCUACCGUCACCACAACUCAGUCGCGGGAGGAGGAGGAUCUUCUACUACAGAUUAUGGUAAAUUAUGCCAAGUCCUUGCGCUAUGGCAGCGAUCAUGUCUAUCAAUCCAUGCCCCGUCUCAUCUCGCUCUGGCUGGACACGGCGGCAACAAUGAUGACGACCAACUCGGAGCUGGUGCGGAAGCUGAAUGAUUUAUUGAACAAUUGCUGCACGGCUUUGCCCACGGCCAUGUUCUAUACGGCGUACUCGCAAAUGCUCUCCCGACUCUGUCAUCCCUCGUUGGAGGUAUUCGCUGUGCUCCGCACGGUGAUCAUCAAGCUGAUUACCGAUUAUCCACAGCAAUCACUUUGGAUGUUGUUGCCGCAUUUCAAGUCGGCGGCCGUGAAUCGCAUUAAACGCUGUAAACUGAUCCUAACCGAUGGAAGAUUACAGAAUCCCACGUUUGAGCGACUCUUGAGUGAUUUUAAUAGCCUGACGGAGCGAUUGAUUGGCGUUACCAACAAGGAGGUGUCUCUGGAUCGCACUUACAAGCUAAGUGAUCUGGGUAAUCGAUUGUCGCUGAUCUGUAACCAGCCGAACUUCUCGAAUAUCCUGCUGCCCUUUGAGAAGUAUAUGCAGCCGGCAUUUAGCUUAAGUUCCGGCGAGGAUAAGAGCAAUUCCACGCCCAGCAAUUUGUUUCCAUAUCAACAGAUUUUUAUUAGUGGCUUCCAGGAGAAGGUAUUGAUCCUUCGCUCGGCAGCGAGGCCCAAAAAGUUAACCAUACGCUGCAGCGAUGGGCAGGAUUAUGAUGUGAUGGUUAAGCCCAAGGAUGAUUUGCGCAAGGAUGCGCGUCUCAUGGAAUUCAAUGGCCUAAUGAAGCGGUAUCUGCAUCAGGAUGCACGUGCUCGACAGCGUCGCCUUCACAUACGCACCUACGCGGUGUUGCCCUUCAAUGAGGAGUGUGGACUGCUCGAAUGGUUGCCCAAUCUCAAUUCGUAUAGGAGUAUAUGCAUCGCUCUGUAUAGUCAACGUGGCCAGGUGAUGAGUGGAAGAUACCUGCAACAGUUGGUGGUGCCUCAAACAGACUCAGCGGAGCGUAAACGUGAAGUCUUCCUCAAGAAAAUGAUGCCCGCCCAUCCGCCCGUGUUCCAGGAGUGGCUGCUCCAGAGAUUUACCACGCCCCACAGCUGGUAUGAGGCAAGGAACUCGUACAUCCGCACCGUCGCUGUCAUGUCUAUGGUGGGAUAUAUUCUUGGACUGGGCGAUCGUCAUGGCGAGAAUAUACUCAUCGAUGAACGCAAUGGGGAUGCGGUUCAUGUGGAUUUCAAUUGUCUAUUCAAUCAGGGCGAGGCCUUUGCCUAUCCCGAGGUGGUGCCCUUUCGCCUCACCCACAACAUGAUCACGGCCAUGGGACCGCUGGGAGUAGAGGGCAGCUUUCGCAAGUGCUGUGAGAUUACGCUGCGUCUGCUCAAGCAGGAGACCAAGACACUAAUGUCCAUGCUGCGUCCAUUUGUCUACGAUUUGGGUGUUCAGAGUCGUCUGACUGCCACGUCAGCAAAUAAGAAUAAAUCGGGCGCCGAACUCACCGAUCCCAAGGUUACCAACGAUGUGAAGCGCAUUGCAGAGCGUCUUCAGGGUCAUGUGAAGCGACAGCAAGCUAACAGCAUUCCAUUAUCCACAGAGGGACAGGUGAACUUUCUAAUCAACGAGGCGACCAAAGUGGAUAAUCUCGCCGCCAUGUACGUUGGUUGGGGUGCAUUCCUCUAGAGCUUGGACCUUGGAUGGGCACGGUGAAUUUGGCUGCCAACAUCUUUGCCCUAGAUUUUAGAGUCUAGACCUUUAAGCUACCUCUAAAUAAUUGUUGUAUUAUAUCUAAUAGAAAUGUUGUUCAUUUGUUAACCUGAGAUUGUAUUAAAUAAUCUGUGUACAUAAUAAA